CUCUAAAUCUGAUCAAAGAUACAAGUUUAAUCAUGUGGUACGAUACAUUAGCCGUGAUGUUAUUCAAUAUAUCUACAAUACUCAUCAGUGGAACGUGAUCCAAACCAACUAGAGAGCAAAAAUCGGAUACUAGUACAGGAAUUGAAAAACAUUUAAGACAGAAAGGAAUCAAUGCUAAGAAGUAAAACCUUCAUGAGUCAGACUCAUAUACAGCAACAUGGUGUUGUUUGGAGGCGUUAACAUGUCUGGAUAUGACGUUUUAUCCAGAAAUAUAUCACGAUGUAGAUGCACUCACCAGAGAUGAUGAUAUUUGUUGGGCUACGAACUAUCUACUGGGAUGCAUUUCGGAAAAUUUAAACACAUUCUGUGACCGAUACCAGUCCAUUAUGGAACAGACGUUCGGACAUCAUAUACGAGUAAUAAUAGAUAAGUACUCAUACAAUGGAUCGUGUUACGAUGAUUACGGCGAUUACGGUGAUAACACUACUGAUGACUAUGUAACAUGGGAAAGUACAACUUUAGCUUUUCAACAGAGCAGCGGAAAUAAUAACGGGACCAUAAUCGGCGGAUGUGUUGGAGCUGUACUAGUAGUUGUGUUGAUUCUUUCUUCACUGUUCGUUUACCGGAGAUUCAAGAAGAAAGUGACCGAAAAGGGGACUAAAGAAAAUGAUAAUGCUGCCUACAAUUUGGCACACAGAGGCUCAGUUGACUAUGCUGAAAUUCGUGAAGUUAAUAUGGAUCCGGACCAAGCACGUUAUGUUAAACUCAAACUAGGGCAUCAUGAAAAUCAGAACGUCACAUACGGCUUAGAAAAUGACAAGGCUGUUGAACAUGAUGCAUCUGUGUUUACCAUAUCAACGGAUUCUCCAAAACCUGUAUACGAUGGUCUAUCUAAUUUCCAAAGACAUAAAAUGGAAAGACAAUACACAACACUGUCAGAAAACGAGGGGAAUGACUAUAUUAUGCGACCAGAAUCAAUUCCAGAUCUAAGACCAAUGAUUCAUAUAAAGGAUGAAAAUGACAUUAAUUACCCAGAUGUACAUGAAUAUUUUGUACCGGAAGCUGACACUCCCCCUCUUACACCAAAGAGUGCAAGAAACGAAACCGAAUCGACACACAUUUAGUUUCGAAUUUUACAAAUUCGGUUGAAGAGAUGAAAAAAAUUACA